GUGCGCAGCCAGAGGCAGCAACCAAGAUACCUACCUAGGCAACGCUCAAACAUCUCUAGUUGCAUCACACCUAACAGGCUGCCCUUUCAACCUCGCGAAAUCGUCCUCAGUGACUGCGUCUUGGCGACCAACAUCGGAUACUGGCCUCUAUCUCUCCCUUCAACUCGCGGCGAAGCAUCUCGGCACUCUAACAACCUUGGAUACGACCUAGGUACUUACCUACCCGGUCCAGUGGCACUUUGGCUUUCGACCCCACCAAGCCCCGAUCACUUGGUCACCUGCGACCUUUCGAACGAUCUCUCGACUUCCACUGAUACCUGCUCCCAUCUAUUAUCAUCGACGACACAAAGCAUCCGUGCUAGGUCAUCGCCAUUUAAAGAUUUAAAUAUGUCGGGCAUCUGGGGCUGGUUCGGCGGAGGUGCCGCACAGAGCAAGAAGGACACACCGAAGAAUGCCAUCCUCGCCCUACGGUCCCAGCUGGACAUGCUCCAGAAGCGGGAGAAGCAUCUCCAGACCCAGAUGGACGACCAGGACAGCAUCGCACGAAAAUUCGUAAACACAAACAAGACGGCUGCGAAGACGGCUCUGCGGCGCAAAAAACAGCACGAGCACGCGCUUGAGCAGACACAAGGACAGAUCACGUCACUCGAGCAGCAAAUAAAUGCCAUCGAAUCGGCGAACAUCAACCGGGAGACUCUGGCGGCGAUGGAGCGGGCUGGCAAGGCUAUGGCCGUGAUUCAUGGCAAGCUCACGCCGGAGAAGGUCGACGAGACGAUGGAGAAACUCCGGGAUCAGAUUGCGCUCAGCGACGAGAUCGUGGAGGCUAUGAACACCGUCAACGUGGGCAACCAAGUCGACGACGUAGACCUGGAUGCCGAACUGGAGGUUAUGCAACAAGAACAGCUGGACGAACAGAUGCUGAACACUGGCACCGUCCCAGUCUCGGAUCAGAUCCAAAGACUGCCGGCGGCAGGGGAUGGACCAAUCAAGACAGGGAAGACUCCGGCAGCAGUCGAGGACGACGAGGAGGCCGAGCUCCAGAAACUGCAGGCGGAGAUGGCCAUGUCCUAAUAUCGAGCUUGGGCACGACCGAGAUACUCGCUUCAUUCGAUGCCGCUUCGCUCGGCAAGGGUAUCAUUCAUUGUAUCAUGGAUGAUGGAGGGGCCGGAUUGAUUUGCAUGAUUUUCAUG